UAAAUAUUAAAUAUUAUUAUGGGACAACAAUAAAUCUAGUAACAAAGACCAUUAAAUGAGCUAAUCAAAGAUGUGGCUACAUUUAAUCUGUUAGCCAAGUAAUCAAUGUUCUAAUUCAAGAUCCCCAACAAUCCGAUCUAACUUAGGUAAACAAUUACUUGCAGAAGUGACUAAAAGGAAAUAAGAUUUAUUUGAUUCCUUACCAUUUCUUAAAAAGUAAGACGAUCUUUGUAUUGGAAUAUUUUUGGAUAGGGAAUAUUUUUAAAUUACCUAGGAGAAAUUCUACUAUAGCAAACAAUUAUUGGAAGAUUUAUCAUCAAUUUUAAUGGUUGAUCCAUAAAAAGAAGAAGGUACUUGUCAAAUAUGUUUUGAAAAAAAAAUUGACAAGUUAUUACCUUGUGGACAUAGUUAUUGUUAAGAUUGCAUAGAUGGGUGGUUUAUACUCAAAGAAUAAGAUUCCUGUCCUAUGUGUAGAGCUUAAUUGACAAAAUAAAAAAUGAAAAACGAGUCUUAUUAUGUACCAAAUGAAGCAGAAUUGAUAGAUUCCUUAAAAGAAUAGCUUAUUAUGUAAUUAAGCGAAAGGAAAUGAAUUUAUUAUU